CGACGAAAUGGCGUUGCGGUUAGUGCUGUUUUGUGUGUUCCGAUAUCUGUAUUAAGAGAGUUACGGUAUUUUGUUAGCAUAAUAGCCUGUGUCAAGUUACUGUGUUGUUGAACUAGAAAUAUUUUGGCAGUGUUAUGAAACAAAAUGGCUUUCAUCAAGUAGGAAGAAUGUAUUUUUGUAUAAAUUGCCCUCGACUGAGUGUUACACUGUCCAGUCCUUGCUGUUUCUCAACAAAAGAUUGAGUCGUGUGCUAGUUCUCUAAUGACUGCAUAGUGUGUGCUUCAGGGUGUGCGUACAUUUUGCCGGUGAUGGUGUGUUCCAGAGAAAAUAUUGAAAAUUAAAAAGAAUGAAAAUGGAAGAUUUGGAUGAAGUUGCACGUGAGAUAGAGCAGCUGGAGAACUUGCAGGAUGAUCUGUACCUAGAUGAUGUUGGAGCUGAGAAACCUGAUCGAACAACGAGUUUUGGUCGGGGGAAGAAAUAUAUUGAUUUAGUUGCUAUGGGUAAUGGGAGAAAUGUAAUGUCACGUGGCCAUGGCAGGUCCAAAAACAGGCAAAAGCGAGGUGGGAUGAGUCAAGGUAUGGUUGGUAAGGUACAGUCUGACAGUGCUGAUAUCAUUGAUAUUGAUGUGGAUGACCUGAACGUGAUUGACAACUGGGAUCUUGAUGAUGAAAAUGACGAGUCAGGUGCUUUUGAAGACUUUAUGCUGGAGGAUGGUAGUGGAAGCAAAUCCGCGUAUAGGAGCCGAGGUGUCCAAGGGCUUGUUGGUUUCAGCAAAAGGGGUCAAUUUAGAAGAGGAGCAAAAGCUCCAGGCACUCAGAGACAGUUCAAAGCAGGAAAAUCAGUGCUUCCUGUUGAUUCAGAUUUUAGAGAAUGCCCAUUGGUGGAGGAUAUGUUUGACAUUGAGAGCAAGUCACAUCACCAGCAAUCAAGAGGGAGCCUCAGUCAUUCUUGUUGGACCAGAGAUCCUCAUGAUAGUGGACAUGCUCAUCACAAUCCUCGUGAUGAGAGGAGUAGGAGAAAUGACAGUUUGGGACGGGAGGAUCACAGAAGUCCAAGCUUUGUACCUCACAGGAAAGACCCAAGACUUGCUAGCAGGCAGCUAUCUGAUCCUUCAGAUGCUCGAUUUGGCCCAGCAUGGAAUGACCCAAGACUUGCGCCCAAGCAGCCUGAUGUGUCUUGUUCAGAAGUCUCGGACAGUAUACCUGCUCCUGCACGGAAGGACCCACGGCUUGUGCCCCAGCAGGUCUUGGCACAGCAUAAGGAAGAAUCGGAUACCUCUUAUGAACCCACGAAUGAAGACCAACUCUUGGUACAACAAGGAGAGAAAGUAUCCUUGAGGAGUGAUCCACGAUUAACUAUUGGAAAGCAACAGGUAGACAUUAUGAGACGGAAAGGGUUACAGAAUCGAUUUGGACCAACAAGAAAAGAUCCAAGGCUUGCAGCCCAACUUUCAGGGUUACAAAGAAGAGAAGGGGAAAAUAAAAAUUCUGAUAAAACAUCGUUUGAGAAAGCUAGUGUUGUUUCUGCUUCACAGAAUCCAAUCUCGGCUUUGGCUCCACCUGGUGUAGAUGAAUCAAAUGAAGGCCUUGAUCUUAAAACUAGUGGUGAGGUACAAACCAAUCGAAGAGGGCCCAGAAGCCCUUCCCCUCCACCCCCACCAUCUUCAUCUGGGGAUCAUCCAUCACCAGGGAACAGAAAACGAGAUCGUAGUCCUGGCCGAAGGUCUCAUCAUGAAAGAAGCCUUUCACCUUUGCAUAGUCGCCUCGAAAGAAGUCAGUCACCACGUCGACGUAACAGCCGCCGUGACCGUGGAGGUAGCAUUUCACCUCGCAGGAGAGAUCGUAGUUUGGAGUGGAGACUUGACAGAAGAAGUGAGUCAAGAGAUAGACAUGAGCGCAGCAGUCGGCGUGAUUGGAGUCCAUCUCCACGUAACAGACGUGAAAGGUCGAGGUUGUCAAGAGAAUGGAGCAUAUCCCCGCGAAGAGACCGCAGCUUGUCACCGAGACGUAGGAGAAGUUCAUCUGACAGGCGGGAUCGUAGUAUGUCACCAAGAGGCAGGCACUCAUCUUAUUCACCACCUCUUCGGAGCUCACUGACCUCAUCUAGAGAUGAAUCAUGGAGGCAGUCUUCACCUACUGGACAGUUGCCUCACCAACCCCAGUACCCACAUGUACAACCUCCCCAACAGUCGUAUGAAGUCAUGGCUCCACCUCCACCAAAUAUGUACAGUGAGGGCAACUAUGGUAGCUCUUCACAGCCUGGUGCAUCAUAUGGAGGGCCAUCCCCAAGUAUAGGAGGGCCAACUGGACCAGGUUACCAUUCAAAUUAUCAGCAGUAUGGCUAUGACAAUUACUACCAGCAGCCUCCACCACCCUUACCUCCCUAUUCAGGGGAGUUUGUUCCCCCCACUCCCCAGCCUCCAAUUUGGCCAGAAGGGGGGAUGGUGUAUCCAGAUAUGAGCCAGCCUCCACCCUUGCAACUGCCUUCUGCAUCUGGUUCAGUUGGAACGGUUACCCCUUCCUCUGGAGGUGCCAAUGCUGCUACGAGUGGCCAGUGCACUGUGGACCAGAAGUCAGAAGAAGCUAAGAAAGAGGCCAUAAAGAAUGAGCUAAUACAGCAGAAGCAAGCACUUGCAAAACAAAGAGAAGAAUAUGUCCGAAAGAAAGUACUUAUUGCAAGGGAACUGGAUCUUCUUAGGGAUCAAGAGGAAGAACUUCUAGAGGAAAAGUCUAGAGAUAAUGAUCGUAUCCUUAAGGAGAAUAACAAAUUACAGCUGGAAAUUCAGAAUAAGCUGAAAGCAAUCAACAAUGUGAUAGACAUGUUGACUGGUAUUAUUGGAGACAAGGAAGAAAAAUAUAUGGGAAAAGGAAGUCACAGAGAUGAACCAAAAACAGAGAAGAAGAAACCUCAGACUCCACCUGAAACUCCACCGCAGUCAUCAUCAUCUUCAGAUUCUGAAUUGGAAGAUGGUCAGAAAAGGGCUGAUAAAGUGGAUUCUGUAUCUUCAUCUCGGGAUGAUAAGAAGCAUGCACACGAUGGUAAACCUGUCUACAACUACAUACAUUAUGACCCAGAGAUGCACUGGUGUCGUGUGUGUGAUGUGUUCCCUCGCACCGCUAAAGAAUUCCUCAACCAUCUUCAUAGUGCUGAACACAAAGAGCAAACGCUGGAGAGGAAGCUGGUUGAUAUGCCAUGGCAUAAAGUGCAGGCAGACCUGGAGGUUCCACAUGUCAUGGGGGCCCCAACAAAGCGAACUCCAAUCAGAGGCUUGCAGUUCUUCAUUUCUGCAACAGCAUGGUAUUGUAAGCUUUGUGAUGUAUGGAUUGGAGACCUUCACUGUGCAUCUCUCCAUCUCAAGUCAAAGAGACAUUCUGAAAAUUACUCUCGAUUCACAGAGCAGAACCCUCACUGGGAAACAGACUGGCUGGCUGAUCGAGAGAAAGCCUAUGAACGUUGCUCAGAAGAGAGGCAUCGGUUAAGGGAAGAACAGGGUCUGUUACCACCUGGUGCAGAUCAGCCAUUAUCAUUGUUAGCACCUUCAGAUGCAAAACAGUUCACAGGUUACAUGGAUGCUAAAGGAGUUGUUAAAGAAGCUAAAUCUAAUGAGAAACUCAAGAAGAACAAAGACCAGCAUAAGAAAUUAAAGAAGACCUGUAUAACUGCUUUAGAUGAAAAGGUGAAGAAGAACAAACAUCGAAAAAAGAAAUUUAAGUCUAAGAAACUAUGUGAUUCCUCAGAAAACAGUUCAGGUUCAAGUAGCAGCACUACUAGCAAUAGCAGUUCCUCAAGUAAUGAGCAAGAUGGUGAUUUUGAAAAUGAGGAUAGGUCAAAAAGCAUUCGUGUUGCCAUGAGAAAGAAAACAAAGGCUUUGCCAGUGCAACCAGUAUCAGAUGAACCGCUCGGAAUACCCUUUAUUAAAGCCCCUAGGAGUAAGUGGGAUUCACCAGAAAAGGUGAGUGAUGAGAAAGAAGACAGAGAAAAAGAGGAGAGAGAGAGGAUUGGAACAGGUAAGAUAAAUGAAGAGAAGAAAAAUGAAUGGGAAAGAUUGGAGACAGAGCGAAUAGAAAGAAAAGAAAGGGAGCACAAGUCAAAGAAAGCUGGCCAGAAAAGUGGUAGCAAUAAUAGUGAUGAUAAGUUAAUCAGAGAAUGGAUGUCAACAUCAAAGGAUGUAUCAGAUGGUGAGAAGCAGCUGUUAAACAGCAUCAAGGAUAAGCUGAGACAGAAGCAGGUAGCAGAGAAGGAACGGGAUCAUGAGAAAAAGAAGGAUGAGAGAGAUAAAAAUUACGAUGAUGGCAAGGGAUACCAUGAGGACAGACGGGAUUCUAAACGAAGCAGGAGGCGAAGUGAGAGUCCUUUGACCCCAUCUCACAAGAGCAAACGAUUGCGUGGCAGUGACAGGUCGCCUGAUGAUAGGAGAGAACGAUCAUCAAGAGCUGAAAGAUAUGACAGAUACGAGGGAUCUCAUAAGUCUCCCGAAUGUGUGUCGAAAAGGAGUCCUUCACGACAUGAAAGUUCAAGUUCUAGGACUGAUAAGAAACCAAAAGAAGCAGAUGGAAGAAUUCCAGAUAAAAGAUCAGAAACUGAAAAGAAGACUGCAACAAAAUUGGAAGAUGGAGAUGAGGAAUAUGAGGAAGAAAGUGCUGAAUCAAAAUUUGAGAAGCAGACAGCAGAGUCUGCAGCAAAACUCAUGAAGAAAGGCAAGAAACCUGCAGUAAUGGCAAUACCAAAAUCUAAAUUACCCUUUAUUGGUCGCAUGCCAAUCUUAAAACAUUUUGCAAAGAAGAAAGCUCCUCUGAGUGGGAAGUCUGGUGAUAACAAAGCUGAGGAGGAAGACAAGAAACAGCCUCCAGAAGAUCCUAUGGUACAAGCACAGUAUAAGUUGGAAUUCACUAAUAUAGGUGGAAAAGUUCACAUUGGUCCCCAGGAACCUCGGAAAUCGAGGUUUGAUGAGAAACCACAAGGUGCUGAAGAACUAGAGUUACAGUUCAUGGGACCAAAAUUGCCACCAAAUCUGGUAAUACCAACAUCACUUGGUAAUUCUGAAACUGGAGAGGCCGCAGUUGGUUAUGAAGAUGCUAAACCAGAAGAAUCUCUAAUUGUAAAUGAAGUGCAGGACAUGGAAAUAGAUGAUGACACGUCAAACAGUGAUAUUGCUCAUCCGGUUAUAGAAACAUCUCCCUCUGCUGAUAUUCAGAGUAGUGAACAGUCAUCUCCUAAGAAGCCUCUUACAGACAUUCCACUUCCUAAAGACUUCCAAGAUGCUUUGAAUAUAUUGUUCCCAGGUUCAGAAGGAGCAGAGAAAAAGGAUGACUCUCUUCUUAUUAGUUCUGUUUCAUCCCAGUCAGCUGUGAUUCAGAGUGGUCCUAAACCUCCAUCUAUGCUAUCAAAUGCAUCCCAAAUGAACCAAGGUCAGUGGGCCCAAGCCAUAGCCAUGGGGGGCCCAUCUAUGAUGCCAGGCCAUGGACCACCCUCACAUCCAAUGCAGGGUUAUGGUGGUUCUUCCCAGGUUCCUCCACAGAUGAUGGGUGGAGGUGGCCCUCCAAUGAUGGGGUCUAUGCAUGGGAUGCAGGGUCCACCACCUCAAGGACCUCCCAAUAUGCAAGGACCGCCACAAGGGCUUACAGGCAUGUAUGGCCCUGCUGGUAUGCCUGGUCCAGGUCCUCCAUAUGGUAUGCAUGGUCCUCCAAGACCCAUGAUGGGACCACCAGGUAUGCAAGGUCCUCCUCCUCUUCAACCAAAUAUGAUUCAUGGUAGUCCACAGUCCCAUGGUCCAACCAUGCAUUCACAUCAGAAUGAAUCAAGACCUCCCCUACCAAAAGAAAAUAGAAUCCAAACAAAAAUAGGCAAUCUGAAAAAAGAGAUCCCCCUGAAGAAACAAGAUGUAGUAGGAGGAAUGAGUGCAGAUGAGUUGGCCUUGCUAGGAAUUGAUGUGGGAGACAUGGCUGCUCAGAGCUUCUAGAUGCAAGUCAGAAUUGGGUUGUUUAAUCCAUGCUGACCUCAUUAUGAAUUUUUGUGUUAAUUUUUAGCAUUUCAGUGCUUUGUGUUUGGUACAGAACUAGAUAAUUGUAAUUAAAUAUAUUGAAAUAAAAGUCUGUAUUGU